UCAUGAGCUGCUUCCUAAACCGCUCAUAGGACAGUAUGAAAGAGGCAACCAAUCAGAGCUGUUGGUCGUCUUACGGUGUCUUCCAUGGCUUUGAACCAUCAAGCAUAUUCCAUAGCCGCGCGAUCAGCGGGAGAACGGAGAUCCAAGCGCGCCUCUGGUUCUCACGGGUAGGCUACGGUGGAUGUGAUUAUGUUUUUGUAGGAAAACAACAAGGGUGUGGAGCUACACGUUGAAGGAUAUACACAAACAGCUGCAUCAAGAAGCCAAGAGAAUCUCCAAGUUGUAGCAGUCGAGAGGGGGUCAUGGAGGGCACUCACGCUACCACAGGCCCUAAUAAUGGCGAGGAGUUCAAAGUUCAGAUGGCGAAGCACAACAACCAUGCCCCCCUGCGGCCGCCGAGCGAGCAGUCCAAGGAUCGGGCGACAAAGCGCCUGUCGACGGAAUCGAACGGGAUCAGCGAGGGCGGGGCCGGGGCGCGCACCCCCGUGGAAGUGACGGCGCUGGAGGAGGCCUUCCGCCGCUUCGCCAUCCAUGGGGACACGCGCGCCACCGGGAAGGAGAUGCACGGCAAGAACUGGUCCAAGCUGUGCAAGGACUGCGGCGUCAUCGACGGCAAGAGCGUCACACUCACAGACGUGGACAUCGUCUUCUCCAAAGUCAAGAAGAAAUCCAGUCGCACCAUUACAUUCAAUGAAUUCAAAGACGCUCUUACAGAGCUGUCCAGGAAGAGGUUCAAAGAAAAAGGCAACGACGAGGCAGCAGAGGAGGUCUUCAAGCUGAUCGAGGGCAAAUCACCAGUCAUAUCUGGAGUCACGAGAGCAGUGGCCUCGCCCACAGUGUCACGCCUGACGGACACCACCAAGUUCACCGGCUCGCACAAGGAGCGCUUCGACCAGACAGGCCGUGGGAAGGGCAAGGCUGGUCGCGUAGAUGUCCUGGACACGUCAGGUUAUGUAUCAGGCUACAAACACGCCGGCUCUUACGAGAAGAAAACAGGCCCUAGGCCAAAACCAGAGUGAAGCACUUCUGGGGGUCCAGUCAGGAGAGUUAGCAGAGAAACGCCAUCCUUAAUUGCAUCCCGAACUCUCCUCUGUCUCUUGCUCCAACACCAAACAGAACAAAAGAAGCACAACAGGGAAAUAUUUUCCGUUUCAUGUUUUUGUUUGUUAUUAUCUGUGAUCGAGACGUGGUUCAAGUUCCUUUUUUUUCUGUGAUGUUUGAGAACUGGAACGUUGUUUACAUCUACACAAAGACAUCACCAGCUGGUACAUUCCUAACCAAUACCAAGCAACUGCCAAGAAUUGAGCGGAACCACCAUGGAGAGGAAAGCACAAUGAAAUAUGAAGUCUUACUAAUGCAAUAGGGCCUUACACUGCCAAGAGCUAUGAGGAUCAUUACGCCAAGAAAAACAAUGAGAAAUUGUCUAACUAGAUUGCACUUUUCACUGGUCCGUCCUCUCCAUUUUCUGAGUCGUUUAACUGUAGAAAUGAUACCCUUUAUUUACUCAUACAAGAUUAAUCCUUUUUCCUUAGUCCAGUAGUCAAAGUGGAUGUAUGUUGUUUUUAAAUAUACUUCAGUUCCAUUGUCCUCUCCUUGGUGAGUGUUAAAGAGUUAGGGUAGAGGGUGCAGGGUAGAGCCCUCAGUAUGCCACUUUCACCAUGUUGUGCACAUACCCUUGUCCUUUCACUGUAAAAAAUUAUUUUAAAAAUCACUAAAUCACUGAUAUGCCAUAAUAUUGUUUUACUUAUUUGGUUGAAUAGAUUUGGCCUUUGUAUGUAUUCUUGUGGUUAACAACAUGUCUUAUUGUUUUAUCACAAUUCACGUUAAACAAGUGCUGUAACGGUCAUGUAUAAAUAUAAUUUAUUUUGUUUUAAUUGUAGGAGCCUAUGUUAAUUUUUGCCCAACCAUCAAAAGUAGUUCAUGAUCUUCACAAGUUCUAUAGGCCAAGGAAGUUCAAAUACAAUGGCAAAUAUGCAACUGGAUGCAAUUAGUGUUAGGUACUUCUAUUCAGAAUGCAUUCAAAUUCAGAAACCUGAAACCACUAGCUUCAUGGAAAAGAACAUCAGGGAACAAAAGAUAUGGUGUUCAAGAUUGUAUUUAAAAAAAAAAAAAAAAAAGGAAAAACUUUUUGUUUCCAGUUAUGUGGUUCUUAAUAUUUAUGGAAUGCUAGUAUGUGGUGUGCUAAACUAUUAGCUUGAACUAAAACACUGGCUGCAUAUUUGUGUUCUGUGUGUAUUCUGCAGUGCAUUGUGAACUUUACCAGCCCUCACGCGUACACAACUUUUAUGACUUUUGUGAACUUCAGUGAGACGCAUCACUUGCGCUAACAACAUUGCCUAUACUAGGUGUCCUUUGGUAAUGGCCACUGCCCAGACUGCAUGAGCUUGAGUCCAAUGGCAGAAGGGAUAGUGACGACAUUGUGCAUUGUAACUCAGCAUGGUCCAAAAAUGUCAGCCACUGCCAUUCUCUGUGGUCAGAUGACAACCUGAUAAAGUUCUAUGAGUUACCUUAAUACCUUUUGUGGAAGCAUAUCAUAGCUUAUGGUUUGGAUUUUAUAACAAUUAAGCAGAAUAGCUUAUACCACAGUUAUGCCGAACCAGCUUAUUACACACAUUUACCACUUUUUAAAUAAGUGAAUUAUUUACAGUUUUAUACAUUUCAUACAAAAGGCACUUUGCUACAUUUUGAACUAUGUGCAAUUUAUAAACAAAGACAAAAAGCAAAAAUGUUUACAGUAAAUGUGUUUUUCACAAAAUAGCCAAAUUUGCAACAGCUUUAGCUGCACAGGGUAAGCACAACAGGUCUUCUCACUCAUUUGAUUUGGCCCCUGAUGUCUUUCCACAUCUCUCCAAAUUAACUAAGAGUCCAAUUUAAGCUAACAUAGAAAUAGAGAAUGGGGCCAAAAUUCCCAUAAUAAAAUAUUUAUUGAUGUAGUUCCUUAGGCAUUCUGAAGGAAAAGGGAAUAACAUGUAUAUAAUUAUUCUUCUACGGAACAUUUAUUUUUCACACAGUGACACUGUUCCUUCCACAUUCAUAGCCAGUAGUUUGCCUAGAAAGUGAAUUGUAUUUAUGUUGACAAGUAAACAUUAUUGUACUAGCAGUUGGAAGUAUUUAAUGUAUGAUUUGAUGUUUGUGUGCUUACUGCCAAAUAUUGUACACCAUUUGUUUUGAGGAACAAUAUCGUCUUAUUUUUCAGAAUAACUUUUUUUUCUAAUGUUCUUGUGCCCUGAUGCAUGUUUUCUGGUCAUGGUGUGGUACUUUUGACCUUACAGUAUAUGUGUGUCCCCGUUUUGUAGCAUUGUGGAGAAUAAAAAGAAAUGAAACCUUA